GUCAACGUCAACUCUCCAGCAUGCAUCAAGCGCUCGCCUUGCAUGAGAUUCUGCAAGAUAUCUUUGGCCACCUUGGCGAUUGGACAGAGUUUGUAACAUAUCCCUCGGAGCGCAAACGAACCCUAGCCAGCCUCGCACGGACGUGCAAAGCUUUUACGAAGCCUGCUAUCGAAGAGCUAUGGCACAUGAUGGAUGCUGUGGGCAUCUUUCAGAAUUUGAUACCUCACCGGCGCAUCAUGAGAUGGCCGGGAGGCCCGGAUCCACUUGGAUGGAGUGUUCCUUCACAGAUGCAGGUCUGGAUUCACGAUAUCAAGCCUUUAUCUAUCGCUGAGCAGGCAAGGCUCAUGUCUUACACGUCAUGCAUCAAGAGGUUGUUCCUCCCUUCAAUUCGAUCAGGGCUACCGGUAGCUGCCCCAGCCCUUCAAGUGCUUCUAUCUCUGCCUGGUGGUGUCGAGCAGGCGUUUCCCAGGCUCAAGGAGAUCUCUGUUCUUGACAUAUUUCCCGGUGCUCUGACAUCCUAUGAGCCGUUUAUGCAACACGCUACAUCGCUCAACUUUCAGCCCUCGAACAUUGAUAAGGGAGCCUCGUUACUGCCGCCUUCAAUAUCUCAGGUUCUACGUCCACUCCAUCAUCUACGAUCAUUCAGCUGUGAAUACGUUGAUCCGCCUACGCUACUGCAUCUGUCACAGCUCCCGUUUCUCACCAAUCUCUGCAACCAAAAUGUUCUUGACAUCGCGUCCACCCCGGUGCUUGUAUUUCCUGCGCUUCAAUCUCUUGAACUGGACUUGCGCGAUUUCGCACAGUCACUUUUUCUGGUGAAGAGACUCGCCUGGUGUCCUUCCUCGCUUCAUAUUUUCACGCUCAAUUGCGUGCCAUCUCUGUUUGAUUCGGAAGAGAUGUUCAGCAUCAUAUCCAAACAUCCAGCUGCUGACCUCAGAAGCCUCUCCGCAAUGUCCUUUGAUGACAGCAGCGUCGAUCUCAACACUUCAAUGACGCUCGACACCAUAAAGCCGCUCCUCAGAUUCUCAAAUAUGAGGGUCUUUAACUGGUGCUUCCCCUGUCUCGUCGACCUCGGGGACUCGGAUAUUUUGGCAAUAGCUCACGCGUGGCCUAACCUCCGUCGACUGUGCAUCUCCUCUAAUGCUCGUGCGGAUACCCACAAGCCCAGGAUCGAAAGCCUGUUUGCAAUGGCACAGCAGUGUCCUUAUCUAGAGCACCUAAUGCUGUCUUUUGCCAUCUCGGAGCUCAACGACAUACCACCCGAUCAUCUUGCUGACGGCUUCACGCAUUCGCAGCUGCGGAGUUUGCAUUCGACCUGCGCCACAUCCUGUGCGGACGAGGACGAGCUCGUCACUCUCACGAUCAUCCUUGGGCAGGUGUUCCCUGGGCUCGGGUACGUCGGCGGCAUCAACAUUGAAGAACCGUUGAGACAAGUCGCGGCGGACGUUGUCUCGGACUCGUCGACGGGUGUGUACAUAAACGCCGCGCUCGGCACAUUGCGUCAGGCGAGGGUGGACGGAAAGAUACGGUCGUGUGCGGGCGAAGGUGUGAGAAGGAUGGUGCGCGGGGCUUUCGAACGCAUGCGUGGUGGGUGUCAGACGGCUGAGAACGUAGUCUGAGCCACCUCGGAACGAAAAGACCGGACGCUCGAACUUUCACGCUCAAACAGCUGUGGUCUCG